AUGAAGCCAUUCAAAGACGGGAAACAAUUUGGUGUAAUUGAAGAAUCCAAAACAAUAAUCGGGAUAAAUAAGUAUGAAUAUUGGGGAAAAGGAAGAAAGUAUGGUGAUGGAUAUUGGGGAAGUUGGACAGAAGGAGGUUGGGCAGGAGGAUUACCCGAAAGAAAAGAAAUGAAUGAACCUGGAGGAGAAAGUGAAGGAGAAAACAAAGGACGUUCGAAAGAAGAAAAAGGUGAACCUAUAGGAAGAGAUGGAGUUGGACACGAAGGAAGUUGGGGAGGAAGAGAAAACAAAGAAGCACAUUCAUAA